UAUAAUUUCAGUGUAAACUACAUGUUCCAGUGUGCAACUAGUGCACAGCGACGCCAUACGUUGAUGAGGAGCUAUAUACGAUAUGCCAUAACACUGCACUGAGAACAAAAUGUUUCCCCUCAAGGAUGCGCAGCUUGGAGCUUUCACGUUUUUUGCAUCUGCACUUCCACAUGAUGUGUGUGGUAGUAAUGGGCUUCCACUCACCCCAAACUCUGUCAGAAUUCUAGGACGAUUCCAGAUCCUGAAGGCCAUCUCUCAUCCCAGGCUCUGCCAGUAUGUGGAUAUAUUACGUGGCAAGCACGAAAGACUGGUCGUUGUUACUGAGCAUUAUGAGGGAAGUCUGGAAGCACUGUUAAAGGAGAGAGAGGUAACGAGUCCUGGAAGGGUUUUGCAAAUAGCUUUUGAAGUGUUGGAAGGACUGGAAUAUAUGAACAGACAUGGAAUGGUCCAUCGAGCCCUUGCACCGCACAACAUUCUUCUGGACAGUGAGGGUCACAUAAAGCUUGGCAAGUUUGGUCUAUAUCACAUGACUGGAUACAACACUGAUGUUGACUUCCCUAUUGGAUAUCCUUCCUACUUGGCACCUGAAGUUAUCGCUCAAGGACUGCUGAAGCCCUGCGACCACACAAGGAGUGAGAGUUCAUCACGCUCAGGUCCCAAAGUGGAUGUGUGGUCUCUUGGUGUGAUACUCCUUGAACUUUGUGUGGGCCAUAAACUACUCCAGAACGUGGAUAUUUCUGAAAGGCUAAAAUUGAUCUUAAAUCUAGAUUGUGUGGACGACAUCGUGACUGUUAUGGCUGAAACGCAUGGCUGCUUCAGUAUAACCACGGAUUUACCCAAAGAUGUUUUAACACUACUGAGAAAAUGCCUAACCUACUAUCCAUCCAAAAGGCCUACUCCAGCUGAACUGUUGAAAGAUAGCUUAUUCAGUGAAGUUUCUGCCUUGUACACACCCUUCCGCAAACCUGAUGGCCUCUUCUCCUCUUCUCUACGUUGUGCUGAUCUGAGCAUCCCUGAUAACUUGGAAGCAUUCUGCAAAGAAGAAGAAUAUCUAUCAGAAAGAACUAUUAAUGAAGUCUAUUAUCUAUGGUGUUUGGCUGGAGGCGACUUGGAAAAAGAACUCGCAAGCAAAGGAAUCAUUCGUUCUAAACCACCUAUUUGCACAUUGUCAAAUUUCAUCUUAGAAGAUGGAGAAAGCUUUGGACAAGUAAGAGACAGAAGUUUCCUGCUUGAUGACACUACAUUGAUGUUGUCAUUAUGUCAACUUAAGAAUAGAUUGAAAGAUGUUGCUGGAGAAGCAUUUUAUCCCUUGCUGGAAGAUGAGCAGUCAACUAUAUCACCUUCCAACAGCAACCAAGACCUUUCUGCUGCAGCUUCACUGCCUCUCAUUAUACGAGAGAAAGAUACGGAAUACCAGCUACACCGAAUUAUACUCUUUGACAGGCUUCUAAAGGCUUACCCAUACAAAAAGAAUCAAAUUUGGAAAGAAGCAAGAGUGGACAUUCCUCCAUUAGUUAGAGGUUUGACCUGGGCUGCACUACUUGGAGUAGAGGGAGACAUUCAAGCAAAAUACGAUGCAAUUGAUAAAGAUACUCCAAUUCCCACUGAUCGACAGAUUGAGGUGGAUAUUCCACGGUGUCAUCAGUAUGAUGAGCUGCUGUCAUCGCCAGAGGGUCAUGGAAAAUUCAGGCGUGUUUUAAAGGCCUGGGUGGUUUCCCAUCAGGAUCUGGUAUACUGGCAAGGUUUAGACUCGCUGUGUGCACCAUUCUUGUAUCUGAAUUUCAAUAAUGAAGCCUUGGCCUAUGCUUGCAUGUCUUCCUUCAUUCCCAAAUACUUGUACAACUUCUUCUUGAAAGACAAUUCUCAUGUUAUCCAAGAGUAUCUGACGGUAUUUUCCCAGAUGAUUGCUUUCCAUGACCCAGAGUUGAGUAACCAUCUUAAUGAGAUUGGCUUCAUUCCAGAUCUUUAUGCAAUUCCCUGGUUCCUCACAAUGUUUACACAUGUGUUUCCUUUGCACAAGAUCUUUCACCUUUGGGACACGUUACUCCUUGGCAAUUCUUCAUUCCCAUUUUGUAUAGGGGUGGCUAUUCUGCAGCAGUUACGAGACAGGCUACUGGCCAAUGGAUUCAAUGAAUGCAUUUUACUGUUUUCAGACCUACCAGAAAUCGACAUUGAGCGUUGUGUGCGAGAGUCUAUCAAUCUUUUCUGUUGGACACCCAAGAGUGCUACAUAUAGGCAGCAUGCCCAGCCACCCAAGCCUGGGUAUGAUAGCAAUGGUAUGCACCGACAAUCAUCCCACUAUUCUGCAGACUAUCAAGAUGCACCUAAGACUGAUCUAUCACGUGAACCUAUUAGGUUAGCUGAACUCAAGGCCGAAAUGUCACCACGGAUAUCUGCAGAGGACCUAAUUGAUCUGUGUGAGUUGUCCGGACCUACAAACUCCAAGAUGCCCACCAAAAAGACAAAAUCGGGAAAACCAAAACUGCUCGUGGUGGACAUUCGCAACGUUGAGGAAUUUGCUCGUGGUCAUAUCAAUGGCAGCAUAAACAUUCCAUACAGUUCUGCCUUUGGCCCAGAUGGUGAGCUGAUACAUUGUGCAUCUACUAGCUUGCUCCAGAGUUUCAAGGGACGUGUCGUUGUCAUUAUAGGAAACGUCGUCAAGAACACAAGCAAUUUUGCAGCUCAUUUAGUGAAGCUAACUUAUCCUCGAGUCUGCAUCUUGGAUGGAGGCAUCAACAAGAUGAAACCCACAGGACUACUGAUUGUGCCUUCACCUCAAAUCUGAACCAUUUUGACCCACAGCACCAGGGACAAGUGCAAGAACUCAGACCUGGCUGAGGGAGUGGUGAUGCCUGCAUACAAGGGCUGUACCCUGGAACCAGUGACUGAAAUCCUUGUCUAAUCUUGUCUUAAUCCUUAAUCAUGUGUGAUCAAGAACCUACAGUUUACUGCUGAUGACGACAAUGGUAAAACUCCAUGGAGCAGUGUUAUCCAAUGCAUAACACUGAUACAGUAGAGAUUUAUAUCGGAAUGUUAUUUAGCGAGGAGACCACUGAUGAAUCAUGUUUUUCAUUACUUUCAGAAAUGUAAAGUUUGUUGAUUGUGACCUGUGAUUUUAACUGCAUGUUGUAGCACAAUCUUUAUUUAAAUACUAAGCACAAAACUAAGCCAUUAUUGAACUUUUUUUCAGUAAUUUUAAAGUGCAUCUGAAACAGUAUAUAUGACAGGGAUGAAACUGUACAACAGGGUAUUUACCAUGUUAACAAAACCCAAAAGAUGGAUUUAAAUGGAACUACCUAAGCACUGAUGAUAAAAAUGUUCGCAUAAUCCUGAGUGGCAAUUGAGCACUGAGGGCAUGUUCGUACGAGUGCCUAAAAAAUUUGCUUUGGAGAACUUUGUCCCCACCCUCCACUGAUCAUUUGUGUCUAAUUUUGAGUUGAGUCUGUAUGCCUGUGGUGACUAUUACUACUAUUUGAUCUGGAUGAAGGAUGUUCAGCUAUCCAUUUAGACCAUAAGUUAAGAGGAGCAAAAUUAGGCCAUUUAACCCACUGAGUCUGCUCUGCCAUUUCAUCAUGCCUGAUCCAUUUUCCAUUUCAGCUCCCAAACUCCUGCCUUCUCCCUGUAUCCCUUCUUGCCCUGACUAAUCAAGAAUGUAUCAACAUCUGCCUUAAAUAUACUAAAAGAAUUAGCCUCCACAGACAUCUGUGGCAACAAAUUCCACAGAUUCACCACUGUCUGGCUGAAGAAAUUCCUCCUCAUUUCUGUUUUAAAAAGACAGCCCUCUUAUCUGAGGCUGUGUCCUCUGGUGUUAGAUUCUCUCGUCAUAGGGAACAUCCUGUCCACAUCUUGAACUCUUGGGUUCAAGAGUAGAGAGGUUAUGUUGCAACUCUACAAAUCUCUGGUGAGACCGCACUUAGAGUAUUGUGUUCAAUUCUGGUCACCUCAUUAUAGGAAGGAUGUGGAAACUAUGGAGAGGGUGCAGAGGAGAUUUACCAGGAUGUAAAGUGGAACAAGUGCUACACCUGCCCUUACACUUCCUCCCUCACCACCAUUCAGGGCCCCAGACAGUCCUUCCAGGUGAGGCAACACUUCGCCUGUGAGUCGGCUGGUGUGGUAUACUGCGUUCGGUGCUCCCGGUGUGGCCUUUUAUAUAUUGGGGAGACCCGACGCAGACUGGGAGACCGUUCCGUGGAACACCUACGCUCAGUCCACCAGAAAAAGCAGGAUCUCCCAGUGGCCACACAUUUUAAUUCCACAUCCCAUUCUCAUUCUGAUAUGUCUAUCUAUGGCCUCCUCUACUGUCAAGAUGAAUCCACACUCAGGUUGGAGGAACAACACUUUAUAUACUGGCUGGGUAGCCUCCAACCUGAUGGCAUGAACAUUGACUUCUCUAACUUCCGUUAAUGCCCCUCCUCCCCUUCCUACCCCAUCUCUGACAUAUUUAGUUGUUUGCCUGUUCUCCAUCUCCCUCUGGUGCUUCCCCCCACCCUUUUCUUUCUCCCAAGGCCUUCCGUCCCAUGAUCCUUUCCCUUCUCCAGCUUGGUAUCACUUUCACCAAUCACCUCUCCAGCUCUUAGCUUCAUCCCACCCCCUCCAA